CACAUAUGAAAUCCCAUCCCAGUCCUCUCUCUCCUUCUCUCUCUCUCUUGUCUCUCUCUUUCACUGUUUACAAUUAAGGCUUCACUAUCAGUUUUUCCACAAUAUAUCUCCAUCCCAAUUUAUAAUCAGAAUUUACACCAUCAAGAGUUUCUAACAGUAUUCCCGGUGGCCUAUUUACAUUAAUUUAUGAUCGAUCGUAUAAAUAUACACAUAUUUUGAGAGUAAUUUUCUUAAUAAUUAAGAGAGAAGGAAAAUCAAAGUAGAAGGGAAAGGAAAAAGAAAAUAUGGCGGUGGCUAGCGGAGGAAGAUCUCUGGAGCAAACACCAACAUGGGCCGUCGCUCUAGUUUGCUUAGUUUUGGUAUUUGUUUCCAUCAUUAUAGAGCACAUAAUCCAUCUCAUAGGCCAGUGGUUUAAGAAGAAACAUAAACGAGCUCUUUUUGAAUCGCUGGAAAAGAUCAAGUCAGAGCUCAUGUUAUUGGGAUUCAUUUCCUUGCUCCUAACGGUGGGACAAGGUCCAAUCUCAAACAUUUGUAUAUCGAAGAAAGUUGGGGCGACAUGGCAUCCAUGUAACCAAGAACAAGAAGAGAAACUGAACAAGGAAGAAUCUGAUGUGGAUAACGAAAGCAACAGUCGGAAACUGCUAGCCUUUCUAGAAUCCGGCGGCGGUGGUGCUAGUGUCCGGAGAUUUUUGGCGGCGGCAGGGACCGACAAGUGUGCUGAAAGGGGCAAAGUUCCAUUUGUCUCGGCGGAUGGUAUUCAUCAGUUGCAUAUUUUUAUCUUUGUGCUGGCUGUUUUCCACGUUCUCUACUGUAUCAUGACUAUGUUUCUGGGCAGACUAAAGAUGAGAAGUUGGAAGAAUUGGGAAAAGGAGACUAAAACCGCUGAAUAUCAAUUUUCACAUGAUCCAGAAAGAUUCAGAUUUGCGAGGGACACGUCAUUUGGAAGGAGGCAUUUAAGCUUCUGGACCAAACAACCUUUCCUAAUAUGGAUAGUGUGCUUCUUCAGACAAUUUGUUAGAUCGGUUCCUAAAGUCGAUUAUUUAACUUUGAGGCAUGGAUUUAUAAUGGCACAUUUGGCCCCUCAAAGCCAUCAGAAAUUUGACUUUCAGAAGUAUAUCAAUAGAUCGCUAGAAGAGGAUUUCAAGGUCGUUGUGGGAAUCAGUCCUCCGAUUUGGUUCUUCGCGGUGGUGUUUCUGCUUUUCAAUACACAUGGCUGGUACUCUUAUCUUUGGCUACCAUUUGUUCCUCUAAUUGUCAUCCUAUUGGUGGGGACCAAGCUACAAGUGAUUAUAACAAAGAUGGGACUUAGAAUUCAAGAAAGAGGAGAAGUGGUGAAAGGGGUGCCUGUGGUUCAACCUGGGGACGACCUUUUCUGGUUCAACCGUCCACGCCUUAUUCUCUACCUUAUCAACUUCGUUCUCUUUCAGAAUGCCUUCCAGCUUGCGUUCUUUGCAUGGACUUGGUAUGAAUUCGGACGCAAAUCUUGCUUUCAUGAGCAUGUGGAGGACGUGGUAAUCAGAAUCACGAUGGGGGUUCUCAUCCAGAUUCUGUGCAGCUACGUCACCCUCCCUCUCUAUGCCCUUGUCACACAAAUGGGUUCAUCCAUGAAGCCAACCAUAUUCAACGACAAAGUAGCCGAGGCUCUUCGCAACUGGCACCACUCGGCCAGGAAGCACAUCAAACUACAGAACCGGGCGGCCGGGUCAGUGACGCCUCUGUCGAGCCGGCCCGCGACGCCCUCUCACCACAUGUCCCCGGUUCACCUCUUGCGCCACUACCGCAGCGAGGCAGACAGCCUCCAGAACUCCCCACGGCGCUCCAACUUCGACGCUGUCGAUCGAUGGGAGAACGAUUCACCAUCUCCACCAUCUGUCCACCAACACCGCUUGGCCACGGACGGUUCGUCCUCUCAUCAUAGACACCAACACCAGCAGAUUGAGUUGGGACAAAUAAUGGAACAACAUCAGGACCGGUUCGCCAACGAGCUCGCCCCCCCCGCUAAAACCACAACAUCAAACCAAGCUCAACCUGAUCAAUCUGGGCCCCAGCACGAGAUCAAUAUGGGACACAGAGAUUUCUCUUUUGAACGUACGGUUUGAGCGACGGCCGAGCGUAUGAUGAUAAUGACGAGAAAGAUUAUGUCUUUGGUACGUCCUCGAUCGUUUUGAUCAAACGGUUCCCAACUUCCCCAUUCCCAUAAAGCCAAUGAUCAAUGAGCUAGAACAUCGAAGCGAUUAUUUCUGAUCAUAUGCAGAUCCAAUGGGCUGUUUAGCAAGGCUAUAUAUAUAUAUAUAUAAUUACUAGUAUACGUUUAUAUUUUUUGAAUUACUUAAUUUGUAUGUCGUAGUUUUUUCGUCAUCAUUUUCAAUUUAUGUCAUAGGUCAAAUUUUAUUUCUAGUUAUUAUUUUUUAGUGAAAGGAAUUUGGCGUGGAGAUGGAGCUGCGCGCGCAUCCCACUAAACUUUUCAAUUGUAUUAAUUACUGCUAGCGUGAUCGAGCUUAAUUAAUUUGUACGUGCA